AUGAAGGAGAAGCUGGGCUAUGCAAGAAAAUCUGCAAAAUUAGCGUCUCAUCUUUUGAGUGAAAAUCAAAAAGCUGCCAUGCAGGAACGCCCACGAAUCAAUGAACCGGGUUUGAGUUUCAAGGAUUCUUAUCGGCGAGAAAACGCGGCGUGUUUUUCUUCUUAUACUCUUCUUCGUGAUUGUGAGAAAACGGGGCUCGGCCCGAUUUCGAUGGCUGAGUCGGCACAAACGAUUUCUGCUGGUCUUCCGCAGAAAACUGGCGGCGAUUGGUGGAACAAUUCCCGCUGUCAAUCGUUGUCUGGAGCAGAAAGAAGGUCUAUUCGGGUCGAGGACUUGAUUGACGGUGGAUUUUCUUGCGUCAUCGAAUCUUCAACUUUUGGGUCCAUCACAGCAUCGUUUUCCUACUUGCUGCGAAAGAAUAACAUGAGCUUUCCCAGGAUCAAGAUUCAAAACAAAAACAAAAAAGAGUGUUCCAACAGCGAUGCUCUCAUUCCAAAACCCCAUCAGACAGCGACGCCGGGGAGCAGCCUACGAGUUGAGAUGCAUCACGGUCCUCGGAUUCCCCAUUGUGUUUGA